AUGUCAAAACACCUAUUGUUGCCUUGUUACAGGCACUGGACUUCCGAAUCAAAGACUGGGUCACAGAUCCUCGGGUCGACUAUUCUAGGUCCAGAUAGCAAACCAAUCGAAGAGGCUAUCGAGGAUUUCGUCCAGACACUGGAGGCAGUGUCCAGCGAGAUCACAAUACUCCACAAAAUCACAAACACGAUACGCCGUGCUAGUAAAGAUGCGCAGAAUAGUCGAGCUGCCGAAAGAUUCAAGAUCACAGAUGACCAAGGCAAUGAUGUGGGGCCGUUCUUUCAAUCUAACUGCCUAAAGUACAUAAACGACAGGUAUCAUGUUGCCAGCGAAGAGAUCCGCCAGCGCCUUGCAAGCUCCAUGGUCCUUCGCCGCAAAAGAUUACCUUACCGUCAAGAUCGCUACGGAAAAAGCCCAAUAUAUCUCCCUCAGAAAACAUCUGCCCCGGGCAUCUUACGCCCUGAGUCAGAGAUCAUGACAACGCUGGGCGAUGCUGAAAGACCUGCCAAGAGAAAGAUCAUCGCAGCACCAUCACACAGCGCCAUGCAUUCCGCUGAGACUGCGACGCCAUUUUCACCCGAAGGUUACAAGAAGGCUGCUGCUCCUUCAAUAGUGUCGAUGUCUAAAACAGUCCAAUUGAGCAGUGAGGACGAACUUGCAUUUCCUCCUGCCCCCAGUGGCGCAUUUCAGCGAAGAUUCAACAAGGCGAAGAAGUAUAUUGAAGAUAGGCACAAGCAAAGACUAUCUAGAAUCGACAAUUACUAUCAAGGCGUCGAUAUGACUUCCAUAGCCCCCGAAGCUAACCUGGCUAUCAAUGAUGCUGAAGCUGCACGGGACAGAGCAUUGGCUAAGGCCCAUGAUGAUUGCAUCACGGCAGUGAGUGAAGUCACUUGUCCUUAUUGUUUUCAUGUGCUACCAAUCAGUGAGGUCCUUAACGAGUUGAAAUGGAAGUACGCAUGCCAGUCUUGGGUACCGCAACAUAUUCAUGCUAAUCAAGAAUAG